AUGUUCAUCAUGUUGGAAUCAGGCAGGUUGUAAAUUGUGAGGCAAAAUCACCGGCGUGGAGGAGAGUGAGAGCGCGAGAGAGGGAGAUGGGGGGUCUUGGAUCAAAAUCUCUCCAAGACCACUCCGAAGUAUAAAUGAGGCUUGGGGAAAGAAUUCGUAACUUGGACAGUUUGCAAGGUCCCAGCGAUAUGCACGAGUGAGACUGUGAGCAAGUUUUGAAGGGCGUUUUGUUUCUAAUUCUGCAUGAAUUUUAAUUCAGUUGAAAAGCAUGUUUCCAAAGUUUCCCCCCGUACUACAGAGUAGGAAACCGACUCAUGGGAUGUGGUAACUGGAGUGCCUGUAUUCACCUCGCUUCUCUCAAAGCUCAGACGAAGGCGCCGCUUCUUCUUACCAUGAUCAUAGUCUUCACCUAUUUUAUCUACUGUCUGACGGGCUGCUGCGACACCAUGCCGAGCCCCAUCCCCGUGUCUCCCCAGCGCCGGGCGGCCAGCCCGCUGGUCGCAGCCGCUGACUUGGGGCGAUACCAAGGCAGGGAGCCACCCGAUCGCUCUCCCUACCCCGCUCCGCUGGAGGAGGAAGCCGCAGCGGGGCGCUGGAAUAUCUCCGUCUUUAACAAUUUUGGGAGUAAAAAGUUUCCCCAGGCCGUGAUAAUCGGGGUGAAGAAAGGGGGCACAAGGGCUCUACUAGAGUUUCUGAGAAUUCAUCCGGAUGUCAGAGCCGUGGGAGCCGAGCCGCAUUUCUUCGACAGAAACUACGAGAGGGGACUAGACUGGUACAGGAACCUGAUGCCUCGGACACUGGAAGGGCAGAUCACCAUGGAGAAAACCCCUAGUUAUUUUGUUACUAAAGAAGCCCCGAAGCGGAUCUUCUCCAUGUCAAAAGAUACUAAACUGAUUGUGGUGGUCAGAAACCCUGCAACCAGGGCGAUCUCAGAUUACACUCAAACCCUCUCCAAGAAUCCAGCCGUUCCAAGCUUUCAGAUGCUGACCUUUAAAAACAUUAGCACGGGCCUCAUUGACACAUCCUGGAGUGCAAUCCGCAUUGGCAUUUACGCCAAGCAUCUGGAAAACUGGCUUCAGUAUUUUCCCCUUUCCAAGAUUCUCUUUGUGAGUGGGGAGCGGCUCGUUAGUGAUCCGGCUGGUGAGAUGGGCCGUGUGCAGGAUUUUUUGGGACUUAAGAGAGUCAUUACUGAUAAGCAUUUCUAUUUUAAUGAGACCAAGGGCUUUCCUUGCCUGAAGAAACCUGAAGGCAGCAGCCGGCCUCGUUGCCUUGGUAAGUCGAAGGGAAGGACUCAUCCUAAAAUAGAUAUGGGUGUGCUUCUUCGGCUUAAAGAGUUCUACAGGCCAUUUAAUCUGAAGUUCUACCAGAUGACAGGCCAUGACUUUGGAUGGGAGUAAAAUGCGUCCACCAAGCACAAAAAAACUGAUAAUUAAUUGCAUAUAAAGAAACGGGGUUUGUUCAUUUUAAUCUUUUCUGAGCACUCUGUUUCUUGUAAACUUGCCUCAAUUUUGCUAGCAUUCACUAAACCUUUUACAGAUCAUUUUUAUGCAGAACAAUAUAAAAGAAGAAUGCAAAAAUGUCAAACAGCAAAUCAAGAAAUAAUUGUCAUAAAAAUUAUAAGUGCUACUUUCAUACUUGAAUGACAUUAAAAAUUAACUGCAAGAUCAUAGCACUCAGAAAUGCCCAGUAUUAGGGGUAAUCAUUGGUGGCUGCAAAAUUAGAAAUAAAUGUUAUUGCUAAGCUUUUCUUCGCACCAUUCUGAAUCUGUUCUUAGCAGCUGUUGUGUGUCCAAGGCUAGUGAAACUUAUUUUGAAGCUAAAUACUGGUCCCAAAAAAAUGAAGGCAAACUGAAUCUUAAUCACAAAAUUAGCCUGAUCAACUGCAGAAGUAUAUAUCAUGAAUCUGAUCUGGGUUCACUGUUUGCUUGGAAUUUCAAAAACUCUGUCCCUUUGCCUAUUUCAGGAUUAAUCUAUCUAUUUAGUUCAGAUGAUUGUCUUGUUGUUUUACAUCCUCUAGACCUAAAUGUGACUUGCAUCAAUACCAUUUUCAAAAAAUGUUAUCUUGUCUAGAAAGAAGUACUUUUAAUAUAGCAAACAAUGAAUAUAUAAACAAAAUUUACACAAUGUGCCAGGAAGAAAAUUAAUUCACUUUUUCAGGUUUGGAUUCUUGGGAAACAUUCUGUGUGUAGCCCUUGAAGAUCUCUUCACUUGCUAUAGUAUGAAGUGGACAAAAAUAUUGCCCAAAAUUUGACUAAAUUAUCUUUAUAGAACCUUAGAUUGAAAAAUAAAAUCACACCUGAUUCAAAUUGACCCAAAUCCAUAACUAACUGAAUAACUUAUUCGUUAAAUGAAAAAAAUAUUGUAAUUUCUUACAUUUGUACCUGGUGUACAAAAUGAAACAUGUAGUGCAUGUGAUUAUAGCUUUUUGGAAUUGAUUGGCACACAGUCAGUUACCAUCCAUUGAUGUCUGUUUGUCAAUGAAAGGAAUAAUAAUACUAUUGAAUGCUCUGAAAAACUGAAUGAAGUUUGGGCAUGUUAACCCAAAUUUAAUUUGGCGUCUUUGGCUUUUUCCUUAUUUCUCUCCCGAGCAUAUGUAUGAACAAUGUAGUGAGAAAUUUGUUAUCUGUGCCUGUAGCCUGCAAGCUACUAAACUGGUUUCCCUCUUACUAGCUGAAAGAAAGUAAUUCUACAUACUAUAUAUGAUGAAACUAUGCUAAAGUACAGAAUAAACCAUAAUUCAGUGAAAAUGAGCAAAAAUAUACAAAGAACUAACCCCUUGUCAUUUGUUUUAUACAUGAGUUUGUCUUUGAAAGUGCUGAAAAUGUUAUAACUUAAUAUUAUCACCAUAAAGGGAAUGAAAAUAAUGUUCUAUUUUCCAAGACAUUGCUGCACCUCUACAGCCUAACACCAAUUUACUCUGGUGAUGAGUGCAUCACUGUUAUGGAACCAACAGGAAGUUCUAAAGAAGAGUGAUUUCAUUUAACGUCAACCUUUUCUUCCUGAUGAUUCUUAUCUCCUGCUUGGACAUCAUUCUGUGGAGCAAAAAUGCAUAGAAGGCCAAUCUGUGUCCUGUUAAAGAAUCAGAUUACACCUCCACCUCCACUACUCGGAUAAGAGCGAAAGUUCUGUAUUCACAAAUGGAUCAUCAUCAGAAGUGAAGAAGGCAUCUUCCUGAUAUCAAAUGCAACCAUUUAAAAAUGGCUGCUUUGUCGUUAGCAAGUUGAGUAAAUCGCAUAAUAAGAGCCUCGCAAAUCAUGACUUGGUACAAAGUGCCACAAGCAAACUAUAAUUAUUUUGAGAAACACAUUUAAAGAUGGAAAGUUCAUCCAUCCAUGUUUCAUUUUGUUAACGAAAAGAGGCAAUCCUGAAAAUUUUGACUCUUCCUUCUGGAUUCCAUACUUUAAGCUGUUAUUUUACAUUGAUAUUGUUUAAUGUUGUAUUCAUAAUGUAUAGUUAAGAGUAACUAAUAUAAUUUCUUUCAACUAAAGUCAUGUAUGUUUUGCACCCUGCUUACUACUUACAUUUUUGUGGAAUUGCAUUACUUUGGUACAGUUCACUUAACACUGAAACAGUAUAUGGUAAUUAUUUCUGAUGGAUAUAAUUAACUGAAAUCAAUGUUCUCCAUUAUAUAUAAAGAAAUUAUUAUUUUAAGUAAUAUGUCAUCAUUUAAACUCUA